AUAUUUUCAGAGCACAUCCUAUAGUCUUACUAUUUGACCUAAAAAAUCUAUAUAACCUAUAUGAAACACCUCAAGGAGAAAUUAUCAAUGCAUCAGAAAUCAUCUAAAAGUGUAAAGGAAACUGAAAAAUCUGUCACCAAAUUAUUAUGUGAUGGUUGAAAACAGUUGAUGACAAUCUAAAAAAAAAAAAACACAAAACAUUUCAGGAAACAUGUAAUGAUUAAUAAGUGUUUAAAACACUUCAACAUGUAUGAAAAUAUGACCGCCUUUGCAGUUUUUAUAACCUGUCAACAUAAGAAACCAGCUGAACGAUGCACCUUUAAGAGCAUUUAUUAAUGCUUUAGUAACAACCUACAGAACUGAGGAAGCAGAUAUGUUUAGGUUAGUUUAUUUCAGACACAGACAUAAUACAAAACAUAUGGAACAAAAAUAAUAAUAAUAAACAAUACACAAAUAAAAAAUCAAACAAUAGAAACAUAAUAAUAACCAAUACACAAAUAAAAAAUCAAACAAUAGAAACAUAAUAAUAAACAAUACACAAAAAAUCAAAUAAUAGAAAAAAAAGAACAACUGUUGUGCCUGAAAGGGAGUAGGAAACCCAUCCAAAACAACCUUUUUCAGGGUGUACUUUAAAGCCUCACUAUGUGAUGACUGAUCCUGAAACAUGAACUAAAACUUUAAAUCACCAGUUUUUUUUUAUUAAGUAUAAUCUUACUACUCAUCCACCAGAGGUCACUGAAGACCACCUGAAACAAAACUGCAGACUCAGCCUGAAACACCUCAGACAGUACUCCAAAACCAUCUAUUAGUUUUAGAACAUAAAGACCCAGGCCACAGUGCCCAUGGUCAAAGUACAUGUCAGGACUAUCUGACAUCUGGAAGCUGAAAAACAUGCUGAGUAACAUACUCAAACACCUCAGGAAACACUUCCCCAGAAAUUUUGUAGAGAAGUUUGAAACAUUUCUGAAAAUUCAUUAAAAAUGUUUUAAGAGCACAUAGUAUAAUCUUACUACCUGAUGACUGGAGGCACUGGUGACCCCACCCCAUCCCACCAAACACCUCAGGGAGCACCGGUUAAAGUCUUAGGAAUUAGACUUUAAUAGAAAUUAGAAGUGGAUGCCUCGAAAAAAUUCUAAUUUUCUGCACAACGACUAAACAUAUGUCAAUGCAAACAUUAUCAAGCUUCUUUUUUCUUUUUUUACAUUAUUAAAUUUUUCUUACAUUAUUUAAAGAACCUGUUACAGAAACAGGAGAGAAAACAGAAUAUUAGUAAGAUAAACUAAACAGCAGAUAUUAAAGAUGUAGAACUAGUUUCAUAGUGACUUUCAAACACAUUUUUCUCUAUAUAUAACCUUUGUUUGAUGAUGAUGAUGAUGAUGAUGAUGAGUUAAUGAAUGGAAAAACAAGCAUCCACACACACUGUCAUUUGUUAUAUUGCAUGGGUUUUAUCAGUAAAUCCACGUUGUGGAUGAUGAUAGCUGUUUCCAUGAGUCUCUGAACGUCCAAAUGGGUCAUAUCUGAGGACAAUAAAAAGCUGAGAAAUUGUAUUUUACUUGAAUUAUUUAUAUGUUUUGAUAGGAUUUGUGGUUCAGAAGUUAUAAAAUGUUUGUGAUGAGCAGAUGCUUUUAGUUGCUGGUGGCUGUUUAGGGUUAAAGCAGAGAAAAUAACAAUGGGGGAAAGAAAUAAAUACUGAUAAGUGUAGUUAAAAACUCUACCGCCUCUUAUUAAUGGAUCAGUCUGUGUGGUAAAUGCUUGUUUGUGUUGGUUGAUGGGAGUUGUAGUUUCAUCUGCUGUUCUGUUUCAGUUAAACUCCACUACAUACGACCACCGAGUGGAGCCCUGUUCCUGGAGUUAAACCCCACUGCCUGCUGGGAGUGUUAGGCCCCGCCCCCUCCACCUGAGUGCAGGUGAGGCAGGUGUAUAAAGGAGUCUUUCUGUGGAUGAAACAGACUCCAGACGGAGACUCACACUGAGCGCUUUGUGACGAUGGAGAGGCCGACGCUGCUGCAGCUCGGGUUCUGGAUCCUCAGCUUCACAGUCUCACUGAUCACAGCUCAGUCCACAACCCCCCAUGAUUCUACAAACAGCACAUCUAUGAUGGUCAACAACAGUAUAACCACCAUCAGAAUGGAAACCUCAUCUAUGACCACCAGUCUACCCAGUGUGACCAUGACUGGAACAAAUGUAGCCACUCACACAUCCACCUCUGAACCCCAUCCCACCAACAGCAGUUCCACGUCCAGUGUUACCGGUGUGAGCACAAUGCAAACACACCUCUCAACUUCUGGAAGCAGCAACACAAUCACCACUCUGCCCGUUAUCACGACAGCCAUCACUAGAAACAUCCACAAUCGCGGCAAUGAGACCACAUUGUCAGUUGAUGCUAGAAACAACACUGAAAAAACCAAUGAGACCACACCACAGCCUGUUACCAUGCCAACCGAUGCUAAAAACAUCACUGGAGAUGACAGCCAGACCACGCCUCACCAGGUUACCAUGUCAACAGAUGUCAAAAACGUCACUGGAAACAACAGCCAGACCACGCCUCACCAGGUUACCAUGUCAACAGAUGUCAAAAACGUCACUGGAAACGACAGCCAGACCACGCCUCACCUGGUUACCAUGUCAACAGAUGUCAAAAACAUCACUGGAGAUGACAGCCAGACCACGCCUCACCUGGUUACCAUGUCAACAGAUGUCAAAAACGUCACUGGAAAUGACAGCCAGACCACACCUCACCCCGUUACCAUGUCAACCGAUGCUACAAACAUCACAGGAAACGACAGCCAGACCACGCCUCACCUGGUUACCAUGUCAACCGAUGCUACAAACGUCACAGGAAAUGACAGCCAGACCACGCCUCACCUGGUUACCAUGUCAACUGAUGCUACAAACGUCACAGGAAACGACAGCCAGACCACGCCUCAGCCCGUCACCAUGUCAACCUAUGCUAAAAAUGUCACUGGAAGUAAUGACACCACUUCGCAUCCCGUUACCAUGUCAACUGAAGACAAAAACAUCACUGGCAGCGACAAUAACACCACACUGCACCCCAGUACCUUUGCAUCCACUGCAAAAAAUGUGACUGGAACCUCAACAAACUCUACACACACUGGAACAAGUACCACUACAAGGAGCUCGACUCCGCCCCCUGCCGGCGGGGGAGGGGUUCCUGGGUGGGGCAUCGCUCUGCUGGUCCUGGCAGCCAUCGUACUGCUGCUGCUGCUCCUGCUGUUCAUUGGACUGUUGGUGUGGUGGUGCUAUAGGGGGCGCUACAACAGCUUCAAUAUGUACGACCAGCUGCACAGAGAUGACAUCCCUCUGUACACCACCCACAGCCGCUUCGAAGGACCCAACGGACGACCAUAUGAGCAGAUGGACAAACCAAAGAGCCGGACGGGAUCGUACACAGUCAACCAAUGACGUCUCACCUGAAGGAAUCAUGGGAAAUGAAUGACCGCCAUGUUUUUUACAGAAUGUACAGUUUUACUGUUUAAUUUAUUAUCUGUAAAUUACUGUGGUUGAAAAACUAUGACAACCAACACGCCAUAAAAUAACAAUCAUCAUAAUAUGAAAUAGUAAUAUUCAUAAUUAUUCAUAUUAUACAGUUAAUAUUCUAACUUGUGAUCAUUAUUUUAUUACUUUAAUUUAUUUUGUGUGACUUUACCUUCCAGUAAAAUUGUAACAUCGAUAACAACUGCUCAGUUGUUACAUUUAUUAUUUUAAUCUUCUAUGAUUAUCAAUAUUAUACAUUACUCUAUUAUUACUAUUAUUAUUAUUAUUAUUAUUAUGAUGCAUUUUGUUGAUAUGUGACGGUUAAUAUUCUCAUUUUUUAGUUCUUUAAAUAACACUAUAUUGACUAUUACAGUUUAUGUUGUAUUUUACACCAACUGGUGCAGAUUUUAAUUGUAAAUAUGUGACUAUUAUGACUGUGAGUUUAUUCAUUUAACCUUCACAAACAUUGGAAUGUUGUUGCUCUUAUGAAUUAUUUUCCAUUUCCCGUCAUUGCCUCAAUUCAGAAUAUUCAGAAAUGACAAAUUCAUAAAAUAUUCCAGAACAUAUAAAUUUAACUCUGAAAACAAAAAAGAACUAACAUUAAAAUGCAGUUAAGAAGUGGUUCAAUAAUGGUUUAAACGUUACUGUCAGUGCGUAACACUUCUAUUGUGAUUAUCAAAAUUUUAUUGUAAUAAUAAGAUUAGAUUAUAUUUUGUGAUUAAAGGUUGAAACUUUAUUGACAUUAAUAAAAGUAUGUGUUGUUACUUUAAAGGAUGAUUCUGUGAGUUCCUGUCCUUAAAUGACAGUGAAGUAUCAGUUCACCCCAGAAUGUGAUUAAGUUUCCAGUCUUCAAGUGUUUAUGAAAUUCAAUUUGAUCGUAUGAACUUCAAAACUCUGUUUCCUGUUUGGAAAAAAAAUAAAGUGUUACAGUGUUGUUCAUGGA